AUGAGGGAUCUGCUGACAACCAGAAACCAGAACUGCUGGAAAGAGCUCAUUGAGAAGGAAACUCAUACUAGGAUGACAUGGAAGGUUAAAUACAACCAAGAACAUCCUAAUGAACCCAAAAUUCAGACCUCCAGAAAAAAGAGAGAGAUUUUCCUCCCUCAGCCUGUGACCACCUUACCACCUCUUAUCAAUACUCCUCAGCCUCUAGUGAGCAGGGUGAACGAACCAGACCAUGACCAGCUGGACAUCCUGAACCUGUCCGAGAUGAGACCGGUUACUCCUCACACCUCCAAAGUCUUAUAUGAUGGCUUCACCAAGGAGGGCAAGGGAAGGCACUUGUAUCUGAAGAACAGAAAGCAGCAUGGCCCAGAGGAAAAGUAUCCACACCCCAUCUUGUCAUCUUGGGAUUAUGGCUGGAGAUUAGGUGAUGUAAUAAAUGAAUUCAAGACUCCGAUCCAUGGAAGAUCCCGCAUUGUGAAAGACACGUUUUAUAGCAGGAAUGGUGUUAUGUCUAUACCAGAAGACACUGACAAGAUGCUGUGA